GGACGACCAACCACCCCACCAAGUCCUCGAGUUUACAACCUUCACGACAUCGACUCACUCACUCAAUCGCACAGAUACAAUGCCGAAGCCCCGUACAAAGCGAGGCGCUGGCCGCGAGGAGCGCAAACGCAAGCGUCGCGAAGAGGUCGAACCCCAGGACAACACUGAGAAGGAGUCGAAGCGCCAGCGAACCACCGACGAUGGCCAGGACUACGAGGAGGGCGCCACCGGCAUACACCAGAAUGGAUUCGGCGAGAAGGAGUUCUUCGGCAUGCUGGCCGAAGACGAGCAGGAGUACUUCCGCCGCGCCGACGAGCUCCUCGAGCUGAACCAGUUCCCGACCGCCGAUGAGCGCGACGUCUUCCUCCUGAACGUCUACAAGGAGGCUGUGGGCAAGGAGCUCAAGCUGGCCAGCAGCCAAUCGUGUUCGCGAUUGAUGGAGCGCCUCAUCCAGCUCGCAAACACGGCGCAAAAGAAGCACCUGUUUGAGGCCUUCGCCGGCCACUUCCUGUCGCUCGUACAGCACCGAUUUGCGAGCCAUUGCUGCGAGGCACUCUUCCUACGGUCGGCGGGCGUGGUGUCGCAGGAGCUGACUGGGUUUGUCAUGGAUACCAAGGGCGCGGAUGUGGAGUCGCAGAAGCCGGAAUCAUCCAUGGAAGGACUCUUUCUGGCAACACUCGACGAGUUGGAGGGUGGCCUGGGAUACCUGAUCACCGAUCGUUUUGCCUCGCAUACCAUGCGUGUUCUCCUCCUCGUUCUGUCCGGUCGACCUCUGGACGAUUCCUCAGUCAAGACCCUUAUCAAGAGCAAAAACAAGGAGAACAUCUCCGUUGCGGGAGGUAAUGCGGUGGAUGAGGCGAACAAGGGCAUGCGAGCGGUCCCCGAGUCGUUCAUGAUGGCAACCAAGAAGAUCAUCCAGGACUCAACCUCCGGCAUGGACGCCACCAGCUUGAGGGUCAUGGCCACACACCCCAUGGGCAACCCAACGCUACAGCUCCUCCUGGAGCUUGAUCUGACGCUCAACAAGGCUGACAAGACGUCAGAGUCCUCAGGGCCCACCCUGUUGUACCAGCUCCUACCUGGUGCUCCCCAGACUUUGACCGACGACUCGUCAGAGGCAUCCCAAUUCAUCAACAGCAUGAUUUACGACCAGAUUGGCUCCCGACUAGUCGAGACGCUCAUCACCCACGCCCCCGGCAAGAUCUUCAAGUCCCUGAACCAGAACGUCUUCCUUCCCAGGAUACAAGGAUACGUCCGCAACGACGUCUCGUCUUAUGCAGCCAUCCGAGUGCUAAACCGACUAAGCAAGGAAGAUCUGGUAACGGCCGUGGAGCAGAUUGCCCCCACCACCCCCCAGCUGGUAGCCAAAUCGAGGUUCAACGUCCUCAAGACUCUCUUCGACCGAUGCUUCGCUCGUGGUGCAAACGAAGAGAUCAAGAAACUCAUGAAGGGGCUCAAGGAAGGAGCCGGUGCAACACCGGCCGACUUGAUCAUCACUCUGUGCGGAUUCAAGGACGAUGAUAAGGAGAAGAAGAAGAAGAAGGAUAUCCAGCAACUCUCCAAGAACGAAUACGCCAUCCAAUCUCACGGCGCACAACUACUCACCACCAUCCUCGCAAUUCCCGGCCCCACCAAGGGCGUCCAGGAGUCGCUCCUCGCCAUUUCACCAGAGCAUCUCGUCCGUCUUGCCACCACAUCAAUGCCGACCGUCACCGUCCUCACCGCCGCCCUAGCGACACCCUCUUCAAACCCCGCCUUCCACAAGUCCAUAGUCAGCGCCCUCCUGCCGCACAUCCCCGAGCUCGCCGUCUCGCAGUUCGGCCACAACCUCAUCAACGCCAUCGUCGAGGUGCCCAGCAAGGGCAAGGAGCGCAGCAUCCCGUUCCACAUGAAGGAAAGCAUCAUGUCGACGCUCGGCCAGCACGAGGGCGAGCUGCGAGACAGCUGGAUGGGCCGGAGCGUGUGGAGGACUUGGAAGGGCGACACGUGGAAGACGAGGCGCGGAGACUGGAAGGUCUGGAUGAGGGAGGUCGACGUCCAGCCGGAGCCCAGUGCUCCCGCCAAGGGAGCCAAGGGACCGCGAGGAGGCAAGGGCUUUGAGAAGCCGCAGGGAGACGAGGGGUGGAGAGAGAGGAGAAGCAAAAACAAGGAGAGGAGCGAAACUGUUGAGAAGGCCGAGGCCGAGCAAUAAUCGGAGCUGAUACCCGGAAGGUUGAUGGGCAAAAAAAUAUACAAUCACCUUGGCACAGGAGAGUAAAAACUAGAGCGCGUUAGGACAUUAAUGCGAAUGUAACAUCUUAUUAUCACAAAUCGCUAGCUUCUUGAAUACGCUGAAAGCAUG